AUGUUUGAGGAUAGAUUUUUAGAAACUAUAAAACAACAACUACUUAUAUCUAAAGUUGUGCCAGUCACAAUAAAUCCAAAAAACAUUUUGAAAUCUCUUUUGGCUGUAGAGAACAAAUUAGAAGAAGAAAAUCUCUAUUAAUCAAUUUGUAAAAAGUAGGAACUUAUUAUAAAAAAUUUGAAUGAAGAAAAUGCAGAUGUUAUUUUAAGCAUCUGCAAAUUUAUCAAGUUAGAAAUAAUCAAAUAAAUGGAAGGAUCAAAGGAAGAAAUCAAAUAAGGUGUUCUAAAAUAAAUAGAAAUAGAAUGCAUUAAUUGGCCUUAAUAUAAGAAUCCUAGAUGGCCUGAAUAUUUGGAGUAUUUCAAUAAUUUAAGCAUUCAAUUAAUAAAUCAUACCUAUAUGUUGAUGGAAUAGAUUUUGAUAGAUUUAACAACAAAACCUUUUGUUUGUGAAGAAUUUCAUCAAUAUAUUACAGAUAAAUUAGAACAUUGUAUGAUUGUAUUAUCAAUGGAAAUGAGUGAUUUUGCAAGAGUAAUAAAUAAUGAAAUAUUUUAUUGGGAAUUAAAAAAAUAUUUUAAUUCCAUAAUCUAAAAUGUUCAUUUAUAUAUCAAUCGAACAUCUUUAUUUUGUAAUACUUAAAUGGAAUAUUUGAAUGAAACUCUUACAAAAUAUCAUACUUUAGCAAAUAUUAGAACUUAUUAGAUAUUAUAAAUAGAAACAUCAUAAUAUAUAAUAGAUUAAUGUCAUGUAUCCUUAAAAGAAAUGUUAUUUCAUAGAAUAGAAUUUGAAAUUUUUGAUAAAGAUUUGGUAAAAUAAAUAAUUAGACAUUUUUAUGAAUAUAGUCCAUUAAAUUAAGGAUUAUAUGAAAUGUCCACAUUAACAAAAUCUUUUUAGGAUGCAAUUUAGAUGUAUUAUAUAUUAGAUGAUAAAUAUUUUGCAACAGCAGAUCUUGAUUCUAAAUUAUUUGCUUAAGAUGAAGAAUGUAUCAAAUAUAAAAUUUGGUUAAAUGAAAAAAGAAAAAAAUAAAGUGCUUUAGCUAAUUAACCAGUUUUAAAGGGAUCUGUAGGUGCAGGAUUAGGUUGUUUAAUUGUUGAUAGUGUUGAUCCUAAAAUACCAUGGGAUGAGAAACUUAAAAGAGCUGGUAUUAGUUCAGUAGCUACAGGUUUAGUUGGAGCAGCAAUGCGUAUACCUGUUGUAGGAGUUAUAUUAUCUUAAGCUUUACUUUUUUAUGCAAUUAGAGUAUAAGCAAAUAAUAAAGUUGUGGAUAAAAGUGAAAAGAUGAAAAAUAUUGCACAUUUAGGAUUUUAAAGUUCAUUUGGAAUUGGUACAGCUGUAGCAGGUUAAAUUUUGAUACCAAUUCCAGUUUUAGGGGCUCUUAUUGGAGGAACUGUUGGAGGAGUAUUUAUGGGAUUAUAUAAUAAAUUUAUUAUUCCUAAAACAAAACCAUCAAUAAAAGUUAUGAUAAAUGAAUUAAUGGAAAGAUAAUAUGCUGAUGGUUUAUUUUAAUAUGAUGAUAAAGUUCUUAAAAUAAUGAAGAUUAAUUAGUAACAUUAUUUUGGUUUGAAACCAGAGAAUUUGAAUGAUUGUUAAUGGCUCACUAUUUUAAUGGUAUAUAUGAUAAAUGAAAUUCAUUAUUUAACAAAUGUAUAAGGAUUAGAGAAGAUCAAUGAAUUAUAAUAAUAAAUUGAAAAGAAACCUAAAGAUGAAAAUAAAUUGA